AUGGAAACUGAUGAUAUGAUAAAAUCUGAUGGGGAUCUACUUCAUAUUUGUAAAACUACAUUCAGUGAAAUAGAUGAUGAUCUAUAUUUAAUGCAAUUCCCAACAAACAUGCCGGAAUUUCUUCCUCCUCAAAAACCAAAAGUAGCUCGAUUUGAAAAUCAAUCAGAACAUCGACCUUCACAGCGUAAUGCAACUUCACAAAACUCAAAAACAUUACAAAACCCGUCAAAUAAUAAGACACAAAAUAAAUCAAAAACGUCGGAUGAAGAAAAUCAAGAAAAAACAGACGAGAUCAAAAUAGAGCCGAUAUCGGAAGGAAGAAUAGGAACAUUUUUGGUAUAUAAGAAUGGGGACAUAAAACUAAAAAUCGGAGAAAUUAUAUAUGAUAUUUUCCCAGCUUCGGAUGUUGCGUUUCCUCAAACAGCUGUUGUGAUUGACACUGACGAGGAAACAAAAGGUAUCUAUGAGAUGGGAAACAUAACCAAACAAUGGCUCAUUGCACCAAAUAUAGAAACUUUGUUUAGCGGUUCUGAUGACGAUGAAAUUUCUGAAUAA